GGCACUCGUCACAUAAAGCGAAGAACACUAACAGGCACAUGACAGCAAGUGCUCAGGAAGCCCAGUGCAGCUCUACACUGCAAACAAAUAAGCAAAUCAACUACUAUCAGAAAGGAUCUCCAAAAAAGGAAAACAUUGGUUUGCGGUCAAGAUGAAGUGUAUACUUAGGAUAUUACUGCUGGCAUGUGCCCUGUACUUUAUUGAAACAACUAAAAGCCCUAGGAGAGAAUACACUUCUACUAAAGUAAAGGAUAAUUGCAUACUUGAUGGAAGCGAGGAGAGCAAAAACGAAGUGUCAGUGACAGUCAGAGGACGUACUUGUGUAUCAUGGAAUAUAUUAUCAAGGAAAUACCCCUCCUUCCGUAACUGCAAUCAUAACUACUGCAGGAGUCUAGGUAACAAGAUUCAGCCGUGGUGCUUUGUAAGGAAAGGAAAUUAUUAUGUACGGGAAUACUGUGACAUUCCCCUCAAGGAAAUGAAACCAACCACCACGAGUCCACCCACAUCUGACCCAACAAAGCAAGACACAGAAUCAACAUGUGGGGAGCGACGCUUGAACCGCAUUACAAAGAUAAUAGGAGGAUCAAGGUCAACUGUUGAGUCACAGCCUUGGAUGGCAGCUAUCUUCAAAGGAGAGGGAUUCGUUUGUGGAGGAACUCUUAUUGCUCCAUGCUGGAUCCUGACUGCAGCCCACUGCUUCCCUGACGGUAAGAGAACACGCAUAAUGAAAUAUUCGGUCUAUCUGGGAAAGAAUGCCAUCAACGAAACCGACACUGUCAAAGAACAGCAGUUCAACAUCAGCAAACUUGUGGUCCAUGAGGACUAUAAUUACAAAGCUGAAGACUUUAAUAACGACAUUGCUCUUUUGAAGAUAGCGGACAGCAGUGGACAAUGUGCAGUGAGGACAGACUAUGUGAGAACCGCCUGUCUUCCCCCUUUCCAGCAGAUGCUUCCCACAGGAUUCUACUGUGAGAUUGCUGGCUAUGGAAGACAUCAAAAGGGUGGCUUUAAGUACUCUCGAUAUCUGAAACAGGCUCAAGUGAGGCUUAUUUCCCAGAAUGCUUGCCAGAAAAAGUAUUACAGCAAGGAUGAAGUCAAUGAAAACAUGUUCUGCGCAGCUGGUAGAGAGUGGGAGGAAGAUGCUUGCCAGGGUGACUCAGGAGGGCCUCUUGUGUGUGAAUUAAAUAACACCAUGUUCCUAUUCGGCAUCAUUAGCUGGGGAAAAGAAUGUGCAAAAAAGUUUAACCCAGGAGUUUACACAAAAGUCACCAAUUACAAUAACUGGAUCUCACAGCAUACUGGUUUACCCAAAUAUACAGCAGGCUCCAGGUAUCCACAAAAGGACUGAUUAUGGCAGGGUCACUUUACAACAGAAACGUGAGCAUUGCUCAGAUUGCUCAGGGCAAUGUUAUAUUCUGAGCAGAAUACAUGCCAAUUAUUUAUACCAUUUAGAUUAAAAAUGGCAGCUACUGUAAUCAAUAGGAAACAUCUUUGAUAGUGUUAUAAUUACAUGUUCCUGAUUUACUGAGUAAUGAUACCAGUGUUUAGGUACAUGAAAUGAGGCCCUAUGUUCAGCUUUUGAGAACUGUAAAUAAUGUAUUUUGUCUUUUUAUACCUUUCUAAAGAAGCUGAUCUAAAAUGACUUAUAUUAAUGACAUUUACAUUGGUCCAGUCUGUUGCAAUAACUACUGUAUAUAUAUAGAAGGAGUAGUGUUCCAGAAUGUUAUAUUAAUUGGUUGUUUUAUUAAUAAUUUUUUAUUGUAACUUUUUAUUAUACACAAAAAGUUUACACAUUUAAUAUUUAAUUUAUUUCAAUAACGUAUAUAUGACAGGUGUAUUUAUUUAUUUUUUACAUACAUAGCUCUGAUUGUAAAAUUCUAAUUAUUUCCAUUUUUGUGAUACACCAUUU